GAUCCGCCGCCGGGCGAGAAGCCGUCGCAGCCGUACCCGACGCUGAUCAAGCUCGCGAUCUACGGGAGCAUGCGGAAGCAGCUGACGCUGCAGGAUAUUUAUAAUGCGCUGGAGGACAGGUUUGCGUGGUUCAAGGAGCGGAGGACUGAGAAGGCGUGGAAG